AUGAAGAUAUUCAAGUGGACUUUGGGUGUCCUGCUCUUCCUGCUGUUGUCCAUCGGGCGCUGCACGGAACAAUCCACGCCGAGCAAGACGCCCCAGCGGAGACACCCUCGCUCCGCAGAGGGCGGAGAGGAAGGGAAGAAAUGUGGUUACACCUUCUUGGUCCCAGAGCAAAAAAUCACGGGGCCGAUUUGCGUGAACACCAACGGCCCGGCCGCCGGGAGCAGGAAGGACGAAGUCACCAGGAUGGACAUCGAGAACCUGAAGGAUGUGCUGUCCAAGCAAAAGCGGGAGAUUGACAUUUUGCAGUUGGUGGUGGAUGUGGAUGGAAACAUUGUGAACGAAGUCAAGUUACUGAGGAAAGAAAGUCGGAACAUGAACUCCCGGGUCACCCAACUGUACAUGCAACUCUUGCACGAGAUAAUCCGGAAGCGCGACAACUCACUCGAGCUUUCCCAACUGGAAAACAAAGUCCUGAACGUCACGACAGAAAUGCUGAGGAUGGCAACGAAAUACAAGGAGCUUGAAGUAAAAUACGCAGCACUGACUGAUCUGGUAAACAACCAGUCUGUGACUAUCUCACUGCUGGAAGAGCAGUGCUUGAGAAUCUUCUCCCGACAGGACACCCACGGGUCCCCACCCCUCGUCCAGGUGGUGCCACAGCACAUUCCCAACAGCCAGCCCUACACUCCCGUCCUUCUGGGAGGUAAUGAGAUACAGAGAGACCCGGGAUACCCCAGAGAUGUAAGGCCACCACCUGAUCCAGCCACUUCUCCUACAAAGAGUCCUUUCAGAGUGCCACCACUGGCUCUGAUUAAUGAGGGUCCAUUCAAAGACUGCCAACAAGCCAAGGAAGCUGGACAUUCCAACAGUGGGAUUUACAUGAUCAAACCUGAAAACAGCAACGAGCCAAUGCAACUGUGGUGUGAGAACAGCCUGGACCCUGGAGGAUGGGCAGUUAUUCAGAAGAGGACAGAUGGAUCUGUCAACUUUUUCAGGAACUGGGACAGUUACAAGAAAGGAUUUGGAAACAUUGAUGGAGAGUACUGGCUGGGACUGGAAAACAUCUACAUGCUCAGCAAUCAGGAUAAUUACAGACUAUUGAUUGAGCUGGAGGACUGGAGCAACAAGAAGGUCUAUGCUGAGUACAGCAGCUUCCGCCUGGAGCCCGAGAGCGAGUUCUACAGGCUGCGCCUGGGAACGUACCAAGGGAACGCCGGCGACUCCAUGAUCUGGCACAACGGGAAGCAGUUCACCACACUGGACAGAGACAGGGACAUGUAUUCAGGAAACUGUGCCCACUUCCACAAAGGCGGCUGGUGGUACAACGCGUGUGCCCACUCCAACCUCAACGGGGUGUGGUACAGGGGAGGCCACUACAGGAGCAAGUACCAGGAUGGAAUAUUUUGGGCUGAGUACCGGGGAGGCUCCUACUCCUUGAAAGCAGUUCAGAUGAUGAUCAGGCCUAUAGACUGAGGAGGAAAAUCCCGCAGCGCCCGAGGGAUCCCGUAUAAACUUCCCGGUGCUUGAGUUCCAGAAAAAAAAUAAAGUAUUACUUUUUUAAUCAUUAUUUUGCACAAUCUGCCCCUGCAAAAAGCAGGUCUACAGUUUUCCUGUCUUCUUUUCCCUGUCGUGUUCCCCUCUCCUUUUUCAGACCCCUUCUCUACUGUGACAGACGGUGGGAUUUUUUAAACACACAUUCACAAAAGCAGAUGUUUGUGCUUGCAAAGCAUAUUUAUCCUUUGUUCAAGACCAACAUACUUUACAUAAACAGUCAUUAAAGCUGGUAAAAAAGUCCAGAUUUAUGACAAGAUAUAAGCUUUUCCACUUCAGAAAGCUUAUGCUCUUUCAGGUUAGCUCAACUCUUACAUGUAAAUAUGUGAA